AUGCUCGCGCACGGCGACGGUGCAGCGGCGGCGGGGAGCGCAGCGCGGGCGGGAGCGGCUGCGUGCCGGCCGUGGGAGCGCAACGACCUGCUGCGACGGCUGGCGACGUUCAAGUCCACCACGUGGUUCGCCAAGCCGCAGGCGGCGGGGGCGGUGGCGUGCGCGCGGAGGGGGUGGGUGAACUGCGAUGUGGACAUGCUGGCGUGCGAGGUGUGCCACGCGCGCCUCAGCUUCUGCGUGCCACCCACGUGGUCCAGAGCUCAAGUGGAGCGGGCGGCAGCGGAGGUGGCGGGGCGGCUGGAGUCGGCGCACAGGCAGCACUGCGCGUGGCGGGGCAACGAGUGCGACGAGGCGCUGCUGCUCUUCCCCCCCCAGCCGCCCGCCGCGCUGGCCGCGGCCGUGUUUGAGCGCUGCCAGGCGCUGCAGCAGCUGGCGCGCCUGCCCGCGCUGGCGCCCGCCGCGGUGGAGCGCAUGAGGCGCUGCAGCCCGCGCGCCCUGGACGCGCUGCUGGCGCUGCCCGCGCUGCCAGUGGGCGCACCGUGGGACGACCCCGUGGGGCGCUCAGCCACGCGCGUCACGUCCGACGCCGCUGCUUACAUCGAGGUGGGUGCCUUGCCUCUCCGCACUCCCCUUCACGCCAACAACCCUGCCUCGGCAGCAGGCAGCAUGGGUGCGCCUGCCUCUGUGGUGAGGAGGCGGAAGCAGGGGUUGGAGGCGGGGGGGGCGGCAGCAGGAGUUGAGGCGGAGGCAGUGCGCCCUGCUGCCCCCGUGGCAGCAGCGCAGUCAAUAGCAGGCAGCGCCACGCCACUCGCAGCUGCCUCCGCUGCUGCACCACCACCGCCUUCCGAGCACCGCCCACCAUCGCCAGGAGCAGCGAUUGCAGGAGCAACAGCAGGAGCAGGGUUGGGAGCGGGCGGGGUGGCACUGGAUCUGGGUCUGACCAUCGCUGGCGGCCUCCCUCCCACGCACCUCUCCUCCUCGCCCCCCCCGCGCCCCUUCGGCUCUGCCUCCGCCCUCCCCCUCUUUGGCGCCGGCCUGCCCAUUCCUGGCUGCCACCUCAGCAGGCCUGCCGGCGCCAAUCCGGGGGCAGGCGGCAAGGCGGGCGCAGGGGGGGGAGGAGGAGGAGGGGGAGGGGGAGUGGAAGGGGGCGGAGGAGGGGAACCAGCAGGGAGAGUAGGGUUAGAGGGGGAGGGAGGUGGAGAGGGAGGGGGAGAGGGGGGAGGCGUGGGCGCGGAGGGGUUUGGGCAGUGUUUGGGCGAGGUGAGCUUUGGGCGGGGGGGCGUGGCGGUGCUGCCGAUGAACAGUGCGGAGGGCGUGGUGGCGGAGAUGGAGGAGGUGUCGUCCGAGGAGGCCGAGGUGGAGGGCUCUCUGCGCGCCCGCGCUGCCCGCGCCAGGGGGGACGCUCACCGCGCCGCGGGCAGCAAGGGCGCGCCAGAGGGCGAGGCGGAGGGGCCAGUGGGCGGGCGCGCAGGCAGGGGCGCGUGGGGCAAGGAGGGCGGGGAUGAGAACGAGAGGAUGGAGGGGGGCGAUGAGAGUGGGAGGGGGGAGGGGUGUGGGGAGACUCAGCGCCUGGAGGGCGGCGAUGAGACCGGCAACGAGGGGGAGGGCGCGGGGGCGGCAGUGGCAGCACAGCAGAGCCGGCACGAGGGGGCUAGAGCCGACGCGGGUUUGUGCGUGAGCACGGGUCCCACGCAGGGCAGCAGCAUGCAGGGCGGUGGCGCUGGCGGGGAGGGCGCCCGUGGGAGGGAUCGUGUGGAGCAGCAGUUGUCGGCAGCAGCAUUUCUUGUGCCGUCCACACGUGCUCCGGCUGCCAGCACGGCAGGCAGGGGAGGUGUGGGUGGGGAGGAGGGGGUGCCUGGAGGUGUGGCGUCAGCGGCAGGCAGUGGCGCAGUGGGGUGUAGUGCGGUGGGGCACGGCGAUGGCGCACAGCAGCAGCGGGGCAGGGCGGUUGAGGGGCAGGGGAGGCGGGGGCGGGCGGCGGAGGGCAGGGUGGGCGGCAGUGAGUUCCUGGAGCCGCCUCAGAAGCGCCGCCACGUGGACGCCUCCUCCUCCCACGCGCCCCGCCCCCCUGCCUCGCGCGCUGCCCUGGGCGUGGGGCCACGAGGCAAGGCAGGGGGCGAGCAGAUGGAGGUCGCCAGUGAGGUGGCGGGCGUUGUGGAGCGCGGGGCAGAGGUGGGUGGGGGAGAGGAGGGGAGCAGCAGGGGGGCACAUGCGCAGGUGUCACCUGCGGUGCAGGCGGAUGUGGAGGAUGAGGGCGAGGCGGCGACGAACGCGGCGGUGAUCAGCACGGGCACGGCGGGGGAUGACGCGGAGGGGCCGGGCGGGGGCAGUGUGGCGAUGGGGGCGAGCGUGGAGGUGGAGGCGCAGGCGCUGGAGGGCGAUGUCGUGGACGCCUCGCGCGCCCUCGCCUCCACCGACGCCCCCGCCUCCGCCGGCGCCCCUCCCCACGCGCCCAGCGCCGCACUGGCUGCUGUGGCGCUCUCCGCCUGCCGCAGCGUGGUGGGGGGGGCCUGGGGGGGCGCUGCUGGCGGCAAUGCUGGCACAGGGGCGGGCAGUGCGCCCGGGGGCGCGGAGAGGCAGCAUGGGGAGGGCGCAGGGGGGAGAGGGGCAGAGGGGGAGGGGCAGGGGCAUGUGGAGAGGGGAGGCGGCAGGCAGGUGGAGAGUUUCAGCUUUGCAGGGGGCGGGUGGGGUGGGCGAUGGGGUGGAGGGGAGGACGGGGGCAGAAGGCGAGGGGAAGCUGGGGAAGGGAUAAGGGGGAAUGCGGUGGGAGGGCUUGGUGAGAUGGAAGCUGGGAUUGGUGGGGAGCACGAGCACCUUGGCCAGACGGGGGAGGGCAUGGGGGAGGGGAUGGGGGAGGGGAUGGGCGAGGGUGCAGGUAUGACAGGAGUUGAGCAGGUGACGGUGGGGGGUGUGGAGGUAGCGGAGACAGGGGGGGGAACGGGGGCGACGGGGGGGAGGGAAGGACGGGGCAGUGGUGGGCUGGGGGAGGGGCGGAGGGGAAGCAGCGUGGGGAAGGGAGGUGAGGAGGCGGCAAGGGGUGAGGAUGGAGGGGGGGAGGGGACGGGGGAGGCGAAGGAAGGGCAGGGUGGGGGGCGUGAGUGGGGAGUGCAGAGGGAGGGUGCAGGGGAGACGGGGGGGCCUGAGGAGACCCGCGACACCACCCAGGGGCUGCUCAUUGGGGAGGAUGCUGACGCGGAUGGCGAUGCUGAAGUGGACGUCCGUGCUGACGUGGCGAAUGCUGGAGCAACAGCAGGGGCAACGGGCGUGCAGGAAGCAGCAGAGGGCACGGGGGAGGUGGGGCUGGCAGCAGGUGGGGCAGAGGGGGGCGGGGAGGGGGCGGUGGGGAUGGAUGUGGAUGAGGGGCAGGGGGAGGGCGGGGGGGUGGCGGAGCAGCGUGGGCGAGUGGGGGAGCGGGCAGUUGGCGAUGAGCUCGUGAGUGGCGGCGGCGGCACGGGUGGCGUGAAUGGGCAUGGAGAGGUGCGGGGGGGAGCAGGCAGCAGGCAGCACAGGGGUGGGGAGGAGCGAGGCGAGCAUGGAGGCAGUGGCGAUGCACGUGGGGGGGAUGCAGAUGAGGUGCCUGUGCAGGGAGGAAGGGAGGACGGCCAUGGGGGAGUGCAUGGGGCUGGCAAAAAAAAGCAGAGUGUGGAUGGUACUGCCACUGCUGCUGCCCUUCACGCCCCGCCUGUUCCUGCUGCUCGUGCUGCAAGUGGUGCUGCCAACGGUGUGGGUCCACCUUGUGCGGGGGAGGCUGAGGUCAGCAGCGGCUCACCUCCCGCUGCUGCCAAUGCUGCCACUCCUGCCGCGCCGCCUGCUGCCAGUGCUGCUGCUCCUGGCCCUGUCUCUGCCCUUCCUGCCACUGACGUUGGCCCGCCCACUGAUGAGCCGCAGCGCCUCUUUGACCCGCUGCUGAGCCACCGCCGCUUCUGCCCGUGGGUCAACGCCCUCGCCGCCUCCCACCGCCUCAGAGCCCUCGCUACCCCCGUCCAGGACCUCAGCCUGUCUGCCUCGCCCCAUGCCCACCGUCUCCCUGCCGUGCCCCCCUCCCACGGCGCCGGCCCUGAGGCGGUGGAGGGAGGAGUGGCCGGAUGGCAGCAGUGCCUGGCCGCGCUGCUCCACGUGCUGCCCGCCGCCGCUGCCCCCGCUCACAGACUGCUGCACUCCGCUGCCCACAGGGCUGCUGAGGGGGCCGACGGGGCGGCUGAAGGGGCGGCGGACUGGCCGCCUGGAGGAAUGGACGCACACGACUCGGUGGCAUCCUUCAAGGGUGACACGGUCUCAUCUGUUCGAAGACUCUUCCAAGGCCGACGUUCCUCGUCCUUUGUCUCUCGCACGCAUCACUCCCCUCAGUAG